AUGGCAAGUAAGUACGUUGCUGGCUCGCUUACUGUUCUGCUGCCACUGGGCGGCGUCAUGGGUUACCGCAAGGGGAGUGUGGCAAGCCUGAUUGCGGGCUCAUUAAGUGGUGCCUUGAUGGGUGUCUCAACCAUCUUUUUGAUGAGGGAUCCCAAGGACAAGGUGGGCAACCGGCUUGCUGCCGCCGUCUCGCUUCUCCUCGCCUCUGCCAUGGGGCAGCGCUACUACAAGGGCAGGAAAUUGGUCCCACUGAUUGUUGCCUCGGUGAAUGCGUUGAGUUUUCUGCUGGUCUUUGGCCCCAAUUCUGUUCUUUAUUAG